GUUCCACUCUAGCCAAGAAUGGGCCUCCACCUCACAGAAGAGGAGAUGGAGGAGGUUUUGAAGCACGUCCCCUGUGAUGCUGAAGGGAAAGUGAACCUGCAGAGCGUGCUCAAGAGUGUCAUGGCUACAAGGCAGCCUUCUGCAUUCGAAAAAGACAGGACUGAUGUUCAAAAUCUGGAAGGCAUCCUGGCCAGCAUGGGAUUCUCCCUCACACCUGAACAGCUGCAAGAAGCAUUAAAAUAUGCCCCCGUGGAUGUGGACGGGAAGGUGAACUUGGGAGAAUUUAUGAAGGCGGCAAGAGCAAUUCAGCCUCAUCCCAGGACUGGGAAGAUGGUUGCAGCCGAUGACUUGAGUUCCACUCUAGCCAAGAUGGGCCUCCACCUUACAGAAGAGGAGAUGGAGGAGGUUUUGAAGCACGUCCCCCAUGAUGCUGAAGGGAAAGUGAACCUGCAGAGCGUGCUCGAGAGUGUCAUGGCUACAAGGCAGCCUUCUGCAUUCGAAAAAGACAGGACUGAUGUUCAAAAUCUGGAAGGCAUCCUGGCCAGCAUGGGCAUCUCCCUCACACCUGAACAGCUGCAGGAAGCAUUACAGUAUGCCCCCAUGGAUGCCGACGGGAAGGUGAACUUGGGAGAAUUCAUGAAGGCGGCCAGAGCAGUUCAGCCUCAUCCCAGCACUGGGAAGAUGGUUGCAGCCGAUGACUUGAGUUCCACUCUAGCCAAGAUGGGCCUCCACCUCACAGAAGAGGAGAUGGAGGAGGUUUUGAAGCACGUCCCCCGUGAUGCUGAAGGGAAAGUGAACUUGCAGAGUGUGCUCGAGAGCGUCAUGGCUACAAGGCAGCCUUCUGCAUUCGAAAAAGACAGGAUUGAUGUUCAAAAUCUGGAAGGCAUCCUGGCCAGCAUGGGAUUCUCCCUCACACCUGAAGAGCUGCAGGAAGCAUUCAAAUAUGCCCCUGUGGAUGGGGAUGGAAAAGUGAAUUUGGGAGAAUUUAUGAAGGGGGUCAGAGCAGUUCGGCCACAUUUCAGGCCCGCUGCAGGUAUGGUGAGCUGGGGUGGCCUGAAUGGCGUAAAACGAGAGGUCCUGAAGAUGCCCCACAUAAAGAAAGAUGGAUGGAUUAAAGGAGAAUCAAGGGUCCACAUAGACAGUUUGGAUGCCGUCUUGCUGGAAAUGGGGAUCCACUUAACGAACAAGCAGCUGUACGAGGCACUGAAAUAUGCACCAAUGGAUGCUGAUGGGAAGGUGGACUUGGAAGCAUUUAAGAGAGGUGUGACAGCCGUCCUGAAAGCUGACAGAAGGGUGGAUGUCAGCAAACUGGACUCUGUUCUAGCUGAAGUAGGAAUCAAUUUUACUCAGGAGGAGGUGCAGCAAAUUCUCAAGCUGGCAACGGUGAAUGAGGAUGGGACAGUGAACCUGAAAGACUUAUUAUGGGCUGCCCAAGCCAUCCCCAGCAUUCAGAACAAAGCGGUAGAGAUCAGCAAUCUUGAUUCUGUCCUGGCUGCUUUGGGGAUCUGUUUAACACCUGAGGAACUGCAGGAAGCUCUCAAGCGGACCAAAAUUACUAACAACAGGACAGUGAAUUUGCGUGACUUCAUAAGGGCUUGCAAUGCUACCUUAACCCUCCCCAGCACUCGGGAGCACAGGGCUCCUCGGCAGCAUUCGUCAAUGGGGUCCUACAGUUUGAAAUUUGCAGACAUGCCACGUAGUCGACACCGGACCCCUUCAGUAGAUGUUGUGAACUGGAACUACAAGCAAGAAAGCAGACAAGCAUGGGGCAGGCCAUCCUCCACUCUCUCGUCAGUGCGUAAGGAGACCUCCUACUCAGCACCUGCAAGAUAUCAGAGCCAAAUGCCAGAUGCAAAAAUGUUGACUUUGCCCAAGGUGACAAAGAAUCAAGCAUUAGGCAGAGUUCACUCCUCAGUGUUUUCCACUGACAAGACCAGAUUUGGAGCAGUAAAAAUCUUGACUAAUUCAGAACUUGAAGCAUUCCGCAAAGCUUAUGAUGCCUUCUGCAAGGAUCAUGAUGGCAAGAUUGAUCUUCCAGCUCUGGAGACCACCGCUAACAACUUGGGGAUUAGCUUAACAGAGGAAGAAGCUUUUGAGGAGCUUGUGUUUGCUGACACAGAUGGAGACGGAAAGGUGAAUUUCACCGAUUUUCUUAACAUCGUUACAGACAGCAAGCGCUUUAUUCAAGCUGUAGCACCUAAGAAAGACCGCUUGGAGACUGUUGAUGCCCAUGGGAUCUUGUUCUUUGAGCUCUUGUCAAAGCUGGUGGAAACAUCCGUUUUGCCAAAGAAAACCACCAUGGCUAUUGUCAGUUAUUAUCGGCAGAAGUUCCUGGAGUCCACUAGCAAGAAAGCCUGGAAUCUCGAUGAGAAAAAGCACCGCCAGGGCCGGAAAAGAAGUCCUGAGAAAAAAAUGCACUCCAGCUCUUUGGCUGCCUUCGCUGGUGCUGGCCGUAUUGUUGUCAUGAAAGACAAAGAGCUAGAGGCCUUUGUGAGAAACCUCCAAGAGACCACUCUUCCUUCCGACAGCCCCUAUGCUCAGGUGCCCGUCUUCCCCUUGAUCCCCAACCAGGACUGUGUAAUGGCAGGAAAACCAAGCAAGGAUAUCCAGAAACUGGAGGCUCAAAGAAGAUCAGAGCCUGUCUCGUCUUUUGAGGACCAUUUCUUCCACAAAAGAAGGCAGCUACCAGUGAGCAAACCCUCCAAGACCACCAGGCCCACCCUCACCCUCCCUACGGAACUAACAUCCAGGGGUCGCAGUUUGACUAUGAACAACAUUGAUGAAAUUCGCAGAGAAGUGAAGAAAGCAACAGAUGCCUACAAGAAGGACGUUGCUGUCCAGGAGCGCAACAAAUCACUGAAGCUGUGGCGACGGCUGCGCGGCGGGGAGAUUGGCUUGGAAAGGGGGAAUCCCAGCUUUUAUCAGACUUUUUCCACUUACUCAUGGUCAUGGAACAUCUGCCAGGAGCUGCUGACUCCCCGAGAACUCCAGGAGUAUGACAACCGACUGUAUCACAGUCUCUCCCAAUUAGCCACCCCGGUGAACAAGCCAAUCAAAGCUAAUGAGAAGCAAAGAGGAAACAGGAAGUAAUCCCGUCUGUGGUUGGCAUUGGCUUCCUCUUCUUUGAUUUAAGGGCAUUCCCAGAACAGUCUUGGAUUAGUGUCCAGAUUGCACAGCCUGAAUGGGUGAAGUGCAGGACUACACUGUACGUUGGCUAACACAGU